AUGGCCAACGCUCAUCGUCGUCACAGUCGACGUUCCUCGUCCAGCUCCUUGCGCCGCAGUCCUGCUCGAUGGCAGCCGAGUCAGAGGCCCAAGCUGAGCUUGGUCCUUCGAAUAUCUCGUGCUUUGGAGACGCUCAUGGUGCAAGGCAUCCUUCCGCAGCUGCAACGCAAGGUGGCUGAGCUUGAGGACACGGUGGCAACGGCUCGCAAGGGCAAGAGUUCCUUCAAGUUGCUCAAGCUGUGGGGUAGUAAGGCAACAUCGGCUGCCAGUGAUGCUGGCUUGGGUGGCAGCGUCUAUGGCAUGCUCUCCACGGAGGCGCAACAACGUCGACUCGCUGACCUGACCUUUUUUCUUCAGAAUUACAAGAGCGCAGCUUCACAUUACUCACAGCUGCGUAAGGAUUUUAACAACGACAAGGCCACGCGCCAUGCUGCCUCGGCCAGUGAAAUGUUUGCCGUAUGCAUGAGCUUUGUCGACGUACCCACGGCAGACCAGACUUACUUUGACAAGGCACUUGCAGCCUUUUUACCGGAAAAAGGACUGGGUGCAUAUGCCAUGCGCCUGGUUCUGACCUAUACACAUGUGCUCCAAUCGCGGCGCCAAUACAGCGAGGCGGUUGCCGAGCUUUACAUCAAACAACACCCAAGCGCUCAUCGCAAGGCUGCCUUCAACUUUAUUCAGGCGGGCCACUGUUAUGCGGGGGCAGCCGCCUCGAGCUUGGCGCUGCGUUGUCUCCUUAGCGGCUGGCAUAUGAUUAAGAACAAGCGAUGGGGCCUGGUGGAGGCUCGACUCCUCACCACCAUGGCGCGCCAGACGGCCUACUUGAAUCAUUUUUCCACCACUGCGGCCGGCGAGCGAGCGGUUGCGGUGCCCCUUCCUCCGGAAGGCAUUGCCGCGGGGGCCGAGCUUGUUGUACGCUGCUGGGUGACCCUGGAUUCACCCGGUGAUCAUUGCCUAAGCCUGAUGGCAGGCUAUGCGGGCGCGCAGCCGGCGGCCGAGCUGCCCUUUCGUACCUCACGCUUGGCCGAGCGCAUCGUUGUGCAACCGAGUCUGCAUGUUGAAGCCGGAUUGGCUCUACAUGGCCAGGAAGAGGCACAGGGAUUCCUGACAUUGCGGUUGCGCUCGCACUUGGCCAACACCGCCACCAUUCGGCGCUUUUGCCUGGUCAACACUGACUGGGCACUCACGCCUAGCAGCCAAGGCAAUCUGCCUUCUGAGGUGACGGCCGAUAGCCACCCCUUGGUGACCUUACCUUGCGUGCGGGCUUCAGCCCAGCGCCAGAGUCUGGAUGCCGUGCUGGCAGACGAGGCGGACAGUGCAGUUCUGGCAGCUGAAUGCAAUCGCCGGAUGCCCAAUCAAGAACCAUUUGUUCUGAUCAUCUGGUCAGACUCUCACGCCCAGGUCGAGCGGGCAGUCACCACGUGCCCCCUCACAAGCUGGGAUCAGGGUGUGGCGCUCAACGAGGCUGUGCAUGUGGUCUUGGAUUACGAAUCAGUUGUCGUGCACGACUUUUCAGUCGAUCGGUUCGUGCCUGUUGCUUUUCCCUCACUGCCAUCGUGGUCGUCAGGGAUGAACAUAGUGAAAGGCUUGUCUUUUGGCUGUUCCUUGCUGAAUGGGACGGAGCGACCGGGCAUCCUCAACGAAAAGCUUUAUGAGUCCCAAAUCAAGGCAGCCGUCAAGCGCUUUCCGCACGUGGAUUCGCUCAAGCCCGCAGAUGGAUUUGUAUCACAGCACCGCGAGGAACUGGGGCGCACCCUCGCCUCGCAUUACUACACCAUGGUCGAUCUGCUGGAGUUUCAGGCUUUGAACACGGAGCUGACCACCAAGUUUUUGGAUGUCAUCACUUCCUACGUGGCUUGCUUGCUGAUGCUAUCACGCCUCGAGGAGCGCAAGAAUAUUGCCAGUUGCUUCACCACCGUCUGCGAGCUCGAGCGCAAAGCCCCAGAGCCGUCUUUUCCCCGCCUGGCCCGCUUUUUGAUGGAAUUUGACGCGCCGCUGAAGCUCCUGCCCACCAUUUUCGCGCCUUAUGAAAAGAUUCUGGCGCAAGCGCUGCACUCUAUGAGCAAGCACAUUGCCAUGCACUAUCGCGAUGCUGCUGCCUACCGUAAAGAUCAUGUGCUGAGCGUCUCCAACAAGCCGGCCAACGUACCACACGAGCUGCUGGCCGAUGAGGUGUUUCAACUCGUGGCCGUGGCCUUGGGCGACAGCUACGUCUUCACCCUGCAGGGUACCCAGACGAUUGAUAUUCAUGCCGCCUACGAGCAGCUCAUCGGUUUCCUCAAAGAGGGUAAAAAGAUGGCCAAGGUCAAGACGGCCUGCCACGAGUUGAUCAACACCGUCGUGGCCAAGUCGCCAUCAUUUCAUGCAGAUCGCCGUACUUUCUUGCGCAGUGCUAUGCACCAGCUCCUUUCCAUUUUCCGCGAACAGCCCGGUCUCAUGGGUCCUCAGGGAUUGCAGCUGACGACCAAAGAGCAGGAAAUUGUGCGCGGCUUCAUCGACACGGCGUUUAUGAUGUCCGAGGGUGGCAAGCCAGACCUGAGUGGCUUCCAACUAGACUGGCUGCGCCUGCAAGCCAGUCUGUCGGGCAAGGCGACGCGCCACCCGUUGAUCAAGCACGCGCCCAUUGCAUCGGCACUCAACCUGGCUACGUUUCAUUCCUACUUGGCCGAGGAUGUGGGCAUGGAGACAUUUGUGCGCGAGGCUGCGCUACCGGGGCAAAUCUAUUAUUACCCCCGCUUCUUCCAGAACGCCUUCACAGACUGCCUCAAGUCAGCGUCUCAAGCUCGCUUCGCAUUGAGCUUUGCCCAAAUCUGUGACGGUUUUAUCGACAACGGCACCGGUUUUAUGCCCGACGGCCAGCGGGAAUUAAGCAACAAGGCCUUUGAGAUGGCAUAUGGUUGCUUGGACAAGAUGGCGGCGUGUGCUGCUCAAACACUUGGCCAAAUCGCUGAUGUGCAUAUCCGCAUGGCCGAGAAGACGUUCAUUUCGGCCAUUCGUGGCGUGGAGAACUUUGUAUCCAUGGAUGUGUCCAGCCUCUUCUCGCGUCUGCUGCUGGAGCAGUCAAUCUUGGACGAGCACCGCACAACUUUGGCGGGGGUCUAUGUCAAGUUUUACUGCGAUAUGAUCUUCAGUCAUGGCAACAACGGGCGCAUUGUCAACAGCGCCAGCCGGCACAUGCUCAUCUCCAUGUCUGGCUCCAGUGGUUUCAAGGCCGAAGACUACACGGAUGCACGCGAGCUUCAAGCGCUGUGCCGCUUGGUUGGACCCUUUGGCAUCAAGCAGCUGAAUGACCGCAUGUUGGGGCGAGCUGCCAACGCCAUUGGUGACCUCAAGGUGAUUGUGGGGAAAAACGGCAAGCUUGUUGAGCUGGUUCAGCAUUGUGAACGUGCCACAGCAAGUGAAGAUGUCCUUCGCAGCUUGCAAGAUUUGGAAGCCUUUACGUCCACCCUGUGCUUUUUGGGCCUGGUACUGGACUUUCGCAAGUAUAUGCUUGCCGCGCUCGAAGUUGUGCUCAAGGACCGCAUUCCCUUCGUGUACAGCGCCAUUGCAGAGCUCAACAUGCAGAUUCGCGCUUCCUCUGUACAGCUGCUCGCCUUGACCGCAGGCAUUGAUAUGCAAGUGGAUCCACAACUCGAGCUCGUGCUCCAUUCCAGUCGCUCGGGUGGCUCGGACCAAGAAUAUCAGUUUUGGAUCACGUUUAUGGCCAUGUGCGCUGCGUCUGUGCGCCACAUUGGAUCAGCAAGCUCCGGCUUUGCAUUCAAGGCCAACGUGGAUGCCUUUGAGAACAAUGCCAUGGGUGCGGCCACAGCCAUCUCAGCGCUAUCGGCUGCCGCUUUCAAGACAGUUGCCCAACAAGGCAUGGAGCGCCAGACGAUCCAGAUCGGACAACUCAUGCUUUUGCGCAUUGCCUCGACGCUGCUGUUGCGCCAGAUGGCUGGUGGCGACACGCGCAAGAACCACCGCGUGGGCCUAGCAAUCUUAAACACGAUCGUUGAAUCAAGUCCUUUUGUGACGGCUGAUCAGCUGGAAAAGUACUUGCCAUACACGCUUGUGCGCGCAGCCAAUAACACUCUCUUUACGCGUGGAGCCUCGGUGACCAUGUUUGAGACUGAGUAAUGACAAUUGUGUUUGCAUGUCAAUUCUCAUUCCUUUUUCAGUCACUCCAAAGCGGGUGGCACGUGGCGUCCUCGAUCCCUCUGCAUGCUUGUUGGAGCGGUGGUUGCCUUUGUGUCGCUGUGCUGUGAGUAUUUUGUGUGUGCGUGUGUGUGUGCCCAGAAUUCACGCCUGUGCUCUG